UGUAGCAGUGCUUGUGCUGUGGCUAGCUUUACCUGCAACAUAGUUGCGAUAACGUAACCCUCUGGCUUCGCCGUCAGCAGGAGGGUUAUGAAUUGAUAUCGCUACUAUCCUGCACAGUGCAUUUUAGCAAACUUGAUUUAGCAGCAAUAGGCAGCUGAUUUCAAAUCCAAAGUCCAUCAAUGAUUCAAGGUUCAACAAGGGAGCAUUUAGUUUCACAUCUUUUGAUGAAAUUAUCCCAAACUACGCUGUCAUGAAUUGUCCAUUACUGUCUUCAAUAACAUUAGGGAAGGGCGUGUGACCAGGCCUGUUUUUAAAACAAGAGAAUACACUCUAUUUUCGUCUAGUCGUUAGACAUUUCAAAACUUUGGCGUUCUUGAAGAUGUUUCCCCCACUAUGGUUAGUGACACUUUGUGUUGCUCCCGUAGUAAGCCUGUUGGUUUGGAUACGCAUCAAAGGACUGGAGUACACCAUUGUAAACCAGCGAUGGAUUUUUGUUUGUCUGUUUCUUCUGCCGUUGUCUGUCGUCUAUGAUGUGUUGACCUUCGUGCGGAACUGGCUGGUGUUCAGGCUGAAUACGGCACCAUUGAAGCAUGACAAGCGCGUCAAGGAAAUACAAAAACAGGUUUUGGAGUGGAGAUCAAAUGGGUCCAAGAAACCUAUGUGUACAUCGCGUCCUGGAUACCAGACUGUCAGCUUACGCGUUGGAAAAUACAAGAAAACGCACCAUAAUGUUCAUAUUAACCUAGUUGACAUUCUUGGAGUGGACACAGAGCGAAGAGUGGUACGAGUUGAACCACUCGUUUCGAUGGGCCAGAUCACUGCCAUGCUUAAUCCACUAGGAUGGACACUCCCUGUGUUACCAGAGCUUGAUGUUCUUACUGUUGGAGGUAUGGUUAUGGGUGUUGGCAUAGAAACAUCAUCUCAUAAAUUUGGAUUAUUUCAACACACAUGUGUGGCCUUUGAGUUGGUCAUGGCAGACGGUACUUUAGUCAGGUGUUCAAAGGAUGAACAUCCUGAUCUGUUCCAUGCAGUGCCAUGGUCCUACGGAACCCUUGGAUUUCUGGUUGCAGCAGAGAUCCAAAUAGUGCCAGCUAAGAAAUACGUGAAGGUGAACUUCAAGCCGGCACAUUCCAUGAGCGAAGUCAUCAAGGUGUUCACUGAGGAGACACUAAAAAAGACGGGAAAUAAUUUCGUGGAAGGGCUGGUGUACAGUAAGAAUACUGCAGUUAUUAUGACCGCCAAUAUGACGGACGAGGUUGAGGAACAGAAGAUCAAUGAUAUUGGUAAAUACUGGAAACCCUGGUUCUUCAAGCAUGUCCAGCAAUACCUGACCAUUGGUGAAGGGUAUGAGUACAUCCCAUUGCGUCAUUACUAUCAUCGCCAUACAAGAAGUAUCUUCUGGGAAUUAGAAGACAUCAUUCCAUUUGGCAACAACCCCGUAUUCCGUUACCUGUGUGGAUGGAUGGUGCCACCCCAGAUCUCACUCCUCAAGUUAACCCAAGGAGAGACGAUUCGUAAACUCUAUGAGCAGAACCACGUUCUCCAGGAUAUGUUAGUACCUCUGAGCAAGCUUCCUGAGACCAUUGAGUGCUUUGAUAGAGAGACUAAGCUUUAUCCCCUCUGGCUGUGUCCAUUUCUUUUACCUUCCCUCCCUGGAAUGGUACAUCCCAAAGGCAACGAGGAUGAAAUGUACUUGGACAUCGGAGCUUAUGGUACCCCAAAAACAAAGAACUUUCAGUUUGUUGAAACUACAAGACGUUUGGAGGAGUUUGUGCGCAGCGUUAAUGGAUUCCAGAUGCUGUAUGCCGACACUCACAUGACCAAGGAGGAAUUCCGUGAAAUGUUCGACCACUCUCUCUACGACAAACUUAGAGCCAAGUUGAACUGUAAACAAGCUUUUCCGGAGGUCUAUGAUAAGAUAAGCAGAGCUGUCCGCAUCUGAGUGAUGGGAUGGUUUUUGCAUUAAGCCCGGUUCAUACUUAAUGCGAAUGCAAAGCGAAUUUGACAUGAAUUUGACGUCACAACUCUCCUUUCGCAGUGACAUUUGCAAGUAAGUUGAGCAGAGUUGAACUGCUGCGAAUUAUUUGUUGCAAAUUUGUGACGUCAACAUUCGCUUCGCAUUCGCAUGAACCGGUUCAUAUUUAAGUAUGAACCAGGCUUUAGUUCCGUUUAAUUUUAUUGUUUGAUAAAGGUUGCAUGCUAUAAAAUAUCUAUAAAAUAUCCUUUUUACAAAAUAUUUUUACAAUGUUUCAACCCCAGAGCUGCCAACGUUGCAUCUUAUACGAGGGGAUCAAAUGAGGGAGAUAUUACAUUCAACAUAAUCGGUAACAAGUUAACUUAAUAAGGGAGAUGUUGUACUAGGGGAGAUAUUGAGAAUUACAUUCAACAUAACAGGGAAUAAGUUUCCAUAUUCCAGGAGAUUUUGUACAACAAGCGGGGAGAUAUUGAGAAUUGCAUUCAACAUAAUAGGUAAUAAGUUUCCAUAAGUAGGGAGGCUUAUAAAUUUAUUCAUCAGAAAACGAAAAGAUUGGUUUAUUUUUUCGGAACUUUCUGCAGAAUCUGGGAGAGUUGGAAGCUCUGUAAACUUUGAAAGGCCAUUCAUUUCUGUAAAUUCAUCCGCAUUCAUGUACGUGGCUAGCAGUUGCGAGAUAAUAAUGAAAGAAGAAAACACCCUUGCCACACGAAGUUGUGUGCGUUUAGAUGGUUGAUU